AUGCAAAAGGCAAUGAAAAGCGCAGAAUAUAUAAAAGCUAAUAAUGACUGGUUAGAUGCCCAAGCCAACGCUAAAGCAGCCCAACUUAUAGGGUCAAUAAGGACAAAAAUACAAGCGGAUGAAGACAGUUCAAAUGAAGCUUUAAUGAAUGCUGACUUUAAGAACGCCUUCGAAGCUCUUCAUAGUAAGAUGAAACAAGUGAACGACUUCUCAUCUGGAAAGAAACUGAAGUCUGAAGGUUUCGACAAAGAGUUAAGAGAAGUAGCACAAAAUAUGACGAAAAUAACAGAUGCAGCAACGAGACAGGCAGUUCAAAGUGCCUAUGACGCCGUUAGAGCAACUGUUGUGGAAAGUCAAGAAAAAGAGUUACAACAGACCAAAACAGACCUAGUAAAUGCUUUCUUAAAAACGAAAAGUCAGGUAGGACAUUAUGCUGCAGAUGGAACAUAUGUGCCAGCUGGUGGAACUUAUAUACUAGCUAGUGGAACUUAUAUACCACCAAACCCUCCAAGAGAAGCACCUGCACCAGGACUACCUAAAACAUUUACAUCGUCACAUGGACCCAGACACAGGCAUGCACCAAAACCAACACAACAACCAACAGUUCAAAACCCUGCACAGCAACCAACAGUUCAAAAUCCAGCACAACCAGCACAACAACCAACAGUUCAAAAUCCAGCACCACAACAACAACCAGCACAGCAACCAACAGUUCAAAACCCUGCACAGCAACAACAACCAGCACAGCAACCAACAGUUCAAAACCCUGCACAGCAACAACCACCUCCACAACCAGCACAGCAACAACAAACAGAGCAAGGACAUAAAAGAAGUAGAGAAAAAGGAAACCAAGAAUUCUUAAAAAUGCUUAAGGAAGAUUAUGGUUACCCAGAUACUAUUGACUUUAGUGACAGAUAUAAAGAAGCUAUUAGAAAGUUCAAGGAAGGAAAUACUGACCCGAACCUAUUUAGCUUUAUGGCUCAGCAUAAAAUCGGAUAUAAUCUCAAACCUGGAAAAUACAAGCUCGCUAAGGGAUAUGAUUUAAUAGCAUAUCAUCCAAAUGACAUGAAUGAAUUUACUCCGAGAUAUUUGAUGUCAGAGAUAAAUGAUAAUUCAACUAUCUUCAUGAAACGCGUAAAAAAUAGAGACGGAACGAAAGAACAAAGGCUUAUGAAUGCGGAUAACUUAAAUAGGGAACUUGUUGAAAACGGUCUCGGAAUAUAUGAAAUGCCAGCAGAUGAGGUACAAGAAACUCAACAGGAAGAAGUUCAGAUACAACCAGACAUGGAAGAAAUAGUUCAGCAACAACAGCUAGAAGAGCCUGAAGGAAACAAACAAGUCCCUCCUUUGGAAACUAACUUCACAGAACUAGAUGAAGAUUUGGAACAGCCGAAAAAUCUUGACCCUCAACAAGUGUAUGCGGAGAAUAUGGAAUCUGUCCAAGAGUCUAAGAAAAAUUCGGCUGACAUAGUAGAAGAAUAUCGAAAAAUGUUCACCGACAUACAAAAGACUCCAACAUCAGAUGAAAAUAUUCAGCAUAGAAUGGAAGUACUGAAAGAUAAUGUACGCAAAUACAAUAA